UCGGACGACUGGUGCGCGAUGGACUCCGCGGAUAAGCUCCGGAAGAAGCGCUCGUGCCAAGGCGACGUCGUCUUCGACGAGAACGAGGAUGAGCCAAGUGCGUACAACUUGGAUCCCACGGCUCGCGCGCGAGAGAUCGCGGAAAACAACGAAAUCGAGUUCGAAGAUCCGUUCGAGGACGAGUACGCCGAGGAGGACGACGAAUACGAUGCCGAAAUGGAGGAGAGCGACGCGGACGAGGCGGAAAUAGACACAAACGCUCUCAAAGCCGGGGAAGAUUCGCAGCAGCAAGAGGAUCCUUAUCGAAUAUUCCAACCCGGGAUAGACACGCUGAACCCGGGAGAGGUGCUGGACUACGACAGCAAGGCGUACGACAUGCUGCACGUCAUGAGAAUGGACCAUCCGUGCCUGAGCUUCGACGUGAUAACGGACAAGCUGGGGUACCAAAGGAAGAAGUUUCCACAUACCAUAUACAUCGUUUCAGGCUCGCAGGCCGAGGAGGGCAGCGAGAACAGGGUGUCUGCGAUGAGGAUGAGCAGGCUGCAUCGAACCAAGUACGACGACGACGACGACGAGCCGAAUAUGGACGACUCUGAGGACAGCGCGAACGACACGGACGAAGAAGCGGAGGUGGAAACCAAAUGGGUUCCCCACAACGGUACGGUGAAUCGACUGAGGGCGAUGCCACAGAAGAACAGCGUAGUGGCGACGAUCUCUGAGGCGAAGGAGGCGCACAUCUACGACAUGUCGUGGUGCAUCACGGCACUCGACAUACCACUUCCGAGGUCUAAAAAUCGAAGCGACACAAUAUUGUACUCGUUCUCGGGCCAUCGGGAAGAAGGGUACGCGCUGGACUGGAGUUCCGUGGUGCCGGGCAGCCUGGCCACCGGCGACUGUUCCGGCCGAAUUUACAUAUGGCACAUGCGAGAAGCCGGCGUUUGGGAAGUGGGGGAGAGCCCGCUUCGACACGAUGCGAGCGUGGAAGAUGUACAAUGGUCUCCAACGGAAAACACCGUUUUGGCGAGUUGCGGAGUGGACCGGUCGAUUCGCAUCUGGGACACGCGCACAAGCAAAAACUUGGUCCUCGAAUCAUCGAAGCACGACAGCGACAUCAACGUGAUCCAUUGGAACAGGUCGGUCUCCAAUCUGCUUGUCUCUGGAGGUGACGACGGCGUGUUCAAAAUCUGGGACAUGCAGCAGUUCUCAAAACCUCUGUACACUUUCGACUGGCACAAAGGACCCAUCACGUCGGUCGAAUGGAGCCCACACGAACCCAGUGUCCUGGCAAUCUCGAGCGAGGACGACUCCGUCACCAUGUGGGACCUAAGCCUCACCAAAGACCCAGAAGAGGCCAGCACGUUCCCCCCGCAACUUCUGUUCCUCCACCAAGGACAAAACUGUAUCAAAGAAGUCCACUGGCACAAACAGAUUCCAGGCGUCCUCAUAUCCACCUCUCUAGACGGAUUCAACGUCUGGAAACCCAACUUAGACGGAUAAAUAAC